AUGGUGAAGAGAAACGCUCCUCCAGAGGUCUCGUCCUGGGUGGAGUGGAGGGGGGGCAGGAGGGUGGCAGUGUGCAGGGCAGAGGGAGCCAGUCCUGCAGCCAACGUCAGCUGGCUCAUCACGGGAAACGCCACCACAAAGACGUCGGAAUCUGACGGCCUCAUCACCAUGGAGACCACUGUGGAACUCCCCACGCCAGAGCAAGCACAGAACAUCUCCUGCACCGUCACCCACCCAUACUGGGAUGAGCCCCAUGUGAUCAGGCCAGAUUUCAGCCCACGCCAAGCCAUGAGUCAGAAUCGUACCGCAGUUUAUGCAACUAUUGCCAUCAGUGUGGUUUUCUGCUUGGCUAUGCUGGUGUUGGGGAUAAAGAAAGUCACACAUUUGAGAAUGAAUCAAAAUUCAUCCAAAUCUCCAUCUGUGGAGGAGGUGGAGGAGGUGGAACCUUACGAAAGCUACGUCCAACGUGUCAACUCCAUCUACAACUCAUCUAGAGACUUGUUUGCAUGA